AAGAAAAAAUAUAUAUAAAAUUAGAAAUAAAAAAAUAAAUAAAAAAACAGAAUUAUUAUUAUUUUUCAUAUAUAUUUUUUAAAAAUGUUUAUUUAUAUAAUAUAUAGUCUAAUCUAGAAAUAAGGCUUUAUAGUAAGAGUAGUAUUUGCCCAUAGAGAAAUUCAAAACCCUUUCUUUUUUCUGUAAAAAUACAAUUUUUAUUUUCUUUCUAUUUUGUCUGAACCAAAAACAUUCAUCACCAUCAUCACCAUAGCCAUGGCUGUAAUACCUGAGCAAGUUGUGGAGACGGUGGAGGAAAUUAUGAUGACUUACAAGUCACUUCCUCCAAGACCCACCAUUGAAGAGGUUGAAGCCGCCAUGUCUGUAAUCAAAACAGUCAACACUGAGGAACAGUUAAAGCUUGAAGAGAUUUCUAAACAAGAGCCACCUAAAAAUGUUCCUCAAGACCUUUUUGUGGUUCUACAAGAGGUGAGGAAGACGGUGGUUUUGUUUCAUAGUUAUGAGCAGAGAAGGGAAGCUGUUCAUGUUGUGGAGGUUGAUAGUAAGUUUCAGAUCUUUGAUGAUCUGAUUCAGAGAGCUUCUGGGUUGGUUUCUGGUGAUACCCAGAUGAAGAAACCAGCGAAAUUUAGUGAACCGGUUGAGAAACCCGCGAAAAUUUUGAGAGAUGCCGUAAUUAGUGAUGCUAGUUUGGUAACGACGGCAACGGCGACGGCGAAGAAGAAGAACAGGGAAGUUGAAAUGAAGUCUGAGAAAAUUGUUCCUUUGGGUUUGGAGAGGAGUUCUUCUGCUAAGGCCUCUUUCUAUGCAGGGAACUCGGAAAAAUUCAGUUUGAUGAAGGUGGCGGCUCUUAUUGAAAACACUGCAAAAAGCGGAUCACAAGUUCUUGAUCUUAAGGGAAAAUUGACGGAUCAGAUAGAGGGGCUUCCUGUGUCAAUUGGGAAAUUAUCAGAGGUGACUGAAUUGGACUUGUCUGAAAACCGAAUCGUGGCUCUUCCACCUAGUAUUUGUCGCCUCAGAGCCUUAACAAAGCUUGAUAUCCACUCAAAUCAACUUGUUAAUCUUCCAGACUCGUUUGGUGAUCUGAUAAAUCUCACUGAUCUUGACCUCCAUGCAAACAGGUUAAGAUCACUGCCAGAUACUUUCGGGAACUUGAAGAAACUCAUCAAUCUCGAUUUGAGUUCAAAUGAGUUAACCCAUUUACCAGAGCUGCUCGGGAAUUUGACCAGUUUGAAGUGUCUAACCGUUGAAACAAACGAGCUCGAGGAAUUGCCAUACUCAAUCGGUUCCUGCACAAUGCUUACCGAGCUAAGAUUAGAUUUCAAUCAACUAAGAGCUCUUCCAGAGGCAGUUGGAAAGCUUGAAUCCCUCGAGGUUCUCACUCUUCACUAUAACAGAAUCAAAGGAUUACCAACAACCAUAGGCAAUCUUAUGAACUUAAAGGAACUCGAUCUUAGCUUCAAUGAGCUUGAAAGCGUACCCGAGAACCUAUGUUUUGCAACUGGUCUUAGGAAACUAAACGUGGGCAAGAACUUUGCUGAUCUAAGAGCCUUACCACGAUCAAUCGGAAACCUUGAAAUGCUUGAAGAGUUAGAUAUAAGUGACAACCAGAUAAGAUAUUUACCAGACUCCUUCAGAUUCUUAUCGAAAUUGAGACUUUUCCGCGCAGAUGAGACGCCUCUAGAAAUCCCACCUAGACAUGUAAUUAAAUUGGGUGCUCAGGCGGUUGUUCAGUUCAUGGAGGAUUACGUCGCGAAGAGAGAUACCAAAACUAUGCCAUUGAAGAAGCAGGGAUCAUGGUUCUUGUGCUGCAUAAAGCCCCAAACGGAGUAAGUAAGUCAGUCCCAACAAUCAACAGCACAUAAAUCAUGAAAAAGUUUGCCUAGCUAGCUAGCUAAUUCAUUUGUAUUUCUCUCCUCUCAACAAUGGCCUAUUGUCCACAAAUCAUUCAACUAUAUAUAGUUCACCCCCAAAAGAAUAUUCAAGUUAUGUUUUUUGUUUUUGUCAAAAAUGGAUUAAGAGACCAUGUAUAUAUACAUACAUGAGAUCCUGUACGGUACAGACAAAUGUAUUAUCUUGUAUGAUUUGUUUGAUAAUUUGUUUUUUCUUUUUUCUUUUAAUGUUAAUAGAUGAGAUAAUAAUAUUGAGGAUGAUGGUGGUAAUGAUGAGCUUCAUAGUUUUUAUCAA